AUGGUAUUAGUACUAUCACCGUCGCAGUUGCCGCCGCCGCCGCCACCACCAUCUCCGUCUCUGAGACCACUACUCUACUACGCCCUAGUGAUGGUUGCAACCGCCGCCCUUAUCCUCGCCCUGUACAACAUCAUCAUACUAAGGCUGUGCUCCGAGCACCGCCGCCGCCAUCAUUCAAGACAGAGUGAAGCACAAAGGUCAAUUAAUGAUGAUGAGCCGACUACCGCCACCACAAACAUUGAGCAAAUCUGUAGUUUCAAGUUCAAGAAAGAGAUGGGUAUUCAAAUUCACGAGGAGGAGGAGGAGCAAGGAUACGAAGCACCCGAGUGUUCAAUAUGUUUGUCGGUGUUCGAGGAAGAAGAUGAAUUGAAGAGACUGCCCAGAUGCAUGCACUGUUUUCACUCUAACUGCAUCGACAAAUGGUUCCUUAAUUCACACAUUAACUGUCCUCUCUGUCGGGCUGAGGUUGUGGUGCAAAGUAAGGAGACUAAUCAGCUGCCGGUCAUGAAUUCCCAUGUUGUCAUACUCUUACCAGUAUGA